UCCGAAAACUGUUUAUCUGUCAUUUUCGACUGUCACAAUUCCAAACAAAUGUUUUUUGGUUUGUUGGAAAUAAAAAUAUCUCCUAAACAAAUCUGCGACAUUAUUUUGGCUUUCUUAGUGGUUGCAUCAUGGUAUCAUGUUAUGAUACUUGAAAAGCAUCUAGUGAAGAAUUAAACAUGCCUUUUACCGCAGAUGCUAUAGCAGCACAACAAGUGCAAGACAGGCUUAAAGUCCUGAUUUCCAUAGUGCAAGAAAUAGAGAAAAAAAGGGUAACAUGUGAACAUGGGGUCAGUUCUAUACACAAAUUUCAGGCAGCUCAGGAAGAAAAGACUGGACAUUAUCAGAUGAAGUUAAAAUCUUUGUGUAAAACAGCAAUAACCCAAGCUGAGCAAGAAGAGGAAACUAUAAGAAAAGCCUUACAGAAAAUUACUGAGAUUAGAAAUAUAAAAAAUGAAAGAAGAAUACAGGCUCGCCAUGUAUGUAGUAAAGAGUCAAUUCGAAGAGGAACGUGGAUGAAAAUGUUGUGGAGCUCGGCACGUACUUUACCUCUAUUUGUCAGCAAACCAGGGGAAUCACCGCCACCUCUAUGCGGAGCCAUUCCAGCCGAUCCAAAUUAUAUCGCAAAAAUUGGGGAUAUGGUGGCAGCCUUGGUUAAGGGAGACGAUAAUGAAGAUAACUGUAUUCUAGCUGAAGUAGUGGGUUUCAAUAAUCAAACAAAUAAGUAUGAGGUUGAUGAUAUUUUAAAGGAGCAAAAUCAAAAGGGAAGGCAUACAUUAAGUAAAAGAAAAGUUAUACCUUUGCCUUUAAUGAGGGCUAACCCGGAAACCGAUUCUGGGGCGUUAUUUCCUCAAGGAACGUUGGUUAUGGGUCUUUUUCCACAAACAACGUGUUUUUACAACGCCCUAGUGAAUAAACCACCAGCCACUCAUACAGAUGAAUAUGAAGUUUUAUUUGAAGACAAAACUUACCCUGGGGGGUACAGCCCCCCACUUUGUGUCGCACAACGGUACAUUAUCGCUAUUAAACAAAAAAAAUAACGAUUUAGGUACAUUGCCCUCAAAAGUAUGUGAGAAAAGGUUUUUUUAAUAAUUGUGAAUUUUUUAUAGUUAGGUACUACCUUUUUUAAGUUGAAACAGCAGUAUUUUUUAGGAUUUUUGACUAAAUAUUAAAUAAAAAAAUAAACUACUAUAAAUUAUUUGUUGUGUUU